CGGUUCCGCCGCGCCGCCCGCCCCUUCCGGCGAUGGCGGCCGAGGAGCCGGCGGAGGAGCCGCCCGAGGAGCUGGCGCACGCCGAGGUGCUGGAGCUGUUCCAGGCGGCGCUGGCGCGGCUGGUGCAGGACCCGCUGCUCUGCGACCUCCCCCCGCAGGUGACGGCGGAGGAGAUCGGCUCGCAGGUGGCCCUGGAGUACGGGCAGGCCAUGACGGUGCGGGUGUGCAAGGCGGACGGCGAGACCGUGCCCGUGGUGGUGGUGCAGAACGCCUCGGUGCUGGAGCUGAAGAAGGCGCUGCGGCGGCACAUCCAGCUGAGGCAGGCCCGGCAGGGCGGCGUCCAGCACCUCAGCUGGAAGUACAUAUGGAGGACGUACCACCUAACCUACAAUGGAGAGAAGCUGGCGGAUGACAGGAAGAAGCUGAGAGAGUAUGGCAUCAGGAACCGGGAUGAGGUCAGCUUCAUAAAGAAGCUUCGCAAGUAACCUGUGGGAGAGAGCAGAGCAACCAGCCCUACCCAGACCCAACUGUGGAUUCAGCCCCUUCCUGGAGGAAAAGGUUGUUACACUUCAAAGAGGAACAAACUCCAUUGACUGGACAUUCUCAUGUUUUUUACAGUUGCUGUUUGUGGUGGUUGCCUCUGAGCUGUAUGUGGAGUCCAGGGAUUAAAGAGACCUUCUAGUUU